AUUAGAUGUUUGCAACAUGUUAUUGAGGGAUGUGGGCCUUCGUUCAGUAAAUAUAUCACCAAGGAACUACUCAAGCUGUUGUUUCAAGCACUGGAUCAUACCAACAGAUUUGUUAGAGAAACUGGCUACCAAGUUUUUGCUUCGCUUGUCAGACUGGGCGUCGGUAAAGGUACGGUAAGGGCCUAUUCAUAUGACCUGGCCAAGUUGUUAUUUGUUUUACAUGAGGUGGGCUAGCCCGGCAAACACUAUACUAGUAUACAAAUUCACACGCUGUUUUUGGCUUUCGCGCACAUCAAAAAUAAUUAAAUGCACGCAAGGGUAUAUGGCAGAUACUGUAAAUGUUUUAAGAAAUUAUCAAGUUUAUAUGUAUAAUUCAACAAGAUUGAAAAUGCACGAAUACAUGUCGGAUAGAUGUAUUAAUUAAUAUCCAAUGCGUAAAGAUACAUGUUUUUACAAGAUGAACGUUCAUAUUUAUAGUGCAAAUCUUUGUACUGAUUUUAUCUUUUUGACCAUCGAAAAUAAACUAUAUGUAACACGCAUUAAAGGCGCGAUUAAUGCAGCAAAAAUUAAUAGGCCUUUUCCUAUGCUGGCUAAUGCUUUAUCAAUUAGCCUUGGGCACAGAUGAUAGAUCAUACUAUAUGAUCUAUAAUCUGUGCCUUGGGGUACUGUUUAUCCACGUCAGAGAAUCUAGACAAUCGAAGCAAUGCGAAAAGCGACUUUUCAAAGAUGUAACUGUAAAUUUACUAUUUCAUAAUACACAACUACUGUAGUAUUAAAGUCUCAUUCCGUGGUGCGCGCAGUCUCGGACAGUCAGACUUCAUGGUAACGCAAAACGUACCGCAAAAAUGGCGGAUAAAACCGAGCUUGGGAAAGGCUAAUUGCGCAGACUAAUUACGCAGGCUGAUUGUCAAUCAAUUAAGAUGUCGUGUCAAUUAAGACGUCGCCUCUAAUUACGUGAUGUAACAAGCAUCUAAUGACGUUGCGCGCAAAUUAGGUGAUGUAACAAAGAGCGCGCAAGCUAAUCAAUCAUAAUUGCAUUUGCUUUCAAAGCGCGCGGAGGUGUACUACUACAGAGAGAAUUUUAUUUGAAAUAUAUCGUGAUUUGGUUGAUACUACAACGGAAAUGAGUGGAGACUGUGGAGAUUUAGAAUUGAGAAGUGAUGUCGAGGACAAGUGGCAAUUUCCAAAACCACGUUUCUACCUUGGAACUGUCUUACAUUCUGGCGUAGUCCGUCCACUAUCGCCGACGUUAGAAGAACACUCUCCAGAACGCGUGUUUCCUGGAAUGGCCAUGCUUGCCGAGAGAUUUGAAACGAUGCGCGAGUGGAAGAACACCAUCGAGUUUGUUGGUUUCUUUUCAACACGGGGAAACAUGUUCGACAGUCGGCAUCAUUGGGACAUGCGUACGAAGUUCUUGGAAGUACGUUUAACAUGUAUGGAUAGGAUUGUCGAGGAUCCGUCCGCGCGGUACCGCAAACCCGAGGGAUGGUUUCUGGUGCGUGUUCCACGCGCGGCUCAGAAAGCUAUGGAAGAUGAGAAGCGGACGACGGCCCUUGCGUGCGAGGUCCACAAGCAAAGGAAGAACUCGGCGAGUAAUAUGAAAGGGAAAAUUAACACCAAGGAACGAAAUUAUGCAAAGAGUGCACUUGGAAUUCGUAGCGAAAGAGCGAGUAAUGUCGAAGUAAAAAACUUUGCAAAGAAUGAACUUAGCUAUAACAUGAAAGAAAACAGCGACAAGGGGAAAAAUUAUGCACAAGUUGGAAUUGCUAUUGAAGGAAAGAACAACUUUGGCAUGAAAAAUGAAAGCAGUUUUGACGAGAAACUACACUGUAAAAGUCUACAGAAAGGACUAAACGUUGAAAGUCGGCGUGACUCGGAAACAUUGAGCAGUUUAUCUGGUACAAGUCAGGAGUAUGAACAUUAUUCUGUAAGCGGAUUACCUGGUACUUCUGCAGCCGAACGUGAACACUUCUACUCAAGCAAUGAUAGUAACAUGGAUUGCUUACAAGACCUCGCAGUGGUUGGAAAAGCAAUUGAGUUUGAAGCGAGUUUAACUACGGAAUUGGUUAAUACAACAGGAAACUGUAAUCUGAACCAGGACAGCUCGUCUAAAGUCGACGCUGAGUUGGUUUUAGAAGACAUUGACGAUAAGGAUUUUGUUCCAGACGUAAAUCUUCCUUCCGCUUGCAAGUUACAGCAAGCAACGCCAUCUGCAAGUGAAGUCUGCGGAAAGUUGGUUGAACAAAAUAGAAAUUUAUCACGAUUCCAGAGAUUGCGAAGGAGAAUAAGGACUCUGUUUUCGUGCUUUGGAAACAACCAAGUCACGCCUGUAAACAUUUAAUUGCUAUGAACAGGCAGAACUUAACUUAUUUAUUUGGGUGGACGGUUAUGGUUAGGGGUGGAAUAGGGGUUAGGGUUGGUAUAAGGGUUAGUUUUGGGGGUUGCGGGUGGGGUAAUCUUGGGUUGGGUUGGGGUACAGGGUGGGGCUAGGGUUACUGUAUAUGUAAAUAAUGUAAAUGAUAUUCUUUUGUAAAUAUAAUAAAAUAUGAAAAAGUCAGAAUGACAAAGAAAGCGUAUGCCAUUCAUAUUUUUGUCUGAAACUGUUUGACAGCCAAAAAAAUAGUCAAACCAGAAUAAGAAUUGCAACCCUCGCUUCCGUCUUACCGAGAUGUCAAAACUGAGAUGGUUUAAAUCUCGUGCAACUCUUGUUCUCGUUUGACCGGAACAUGAGAAUUGAGAAAACUCUCGCUUGCCAACUCUCAUUCUCAUUUGCCCAAAGGCCGGUUAGCCUGUAUUCACCCAUACCGGAUGGUGAUUUUUUCCAAUGUUCCUAAAAAUUCCUAAUAGUAGACCAUAAUAAUAGUAUUCCUAAUAGUAGACCAGUGGACCCACUGGUCUACUAUUAGAUCAGUGUGUGGACCUCACAAUAAAUAUAAAUUCGUGUUACACUAAGCAACUUGUCUCGUAACUUGUCUCGCAAUGUUAAGAAAACCGAUUUCAGCAUUGCAUUGCAUUGCAUUGCAAUGGAUGUUAUAACCACCAAGCAAUAUGUUCCAUGCAAUAAUCAUUAUUAAAAAUAGUAUAAAAACCGAGAGUGCUAACGUUUGGCGCCAUAUUGUCAGUCAAAAGCCAAUAGGAAGCUAUUCAGUGUAUAAACAUUGCGAGACUAGUUGCAAGAGAGACGCUACACUGUGCAAUAUGUAAAUGGCGGCGCAGUCGUUGCAAAAAGAAGAACCUGAUUCCACUUCGUGCAAUGGUUGUUCCAACAAAAAUGUUGCGAGACUUGUUGAUUGCGAGGCAUGAUACACCUUGCAAUUUCGCGUGCAACUUGUGUCGCAACAAAAUUGCGAGACAAAGUUGAUUCUACAUUAAAGUCGGGCCUGCCGAUGUUUGCUGGGUCCGCCUUAGUAUAAUGUACUUCGCCAUGACAUUAAUGUUGAGAUAGCUAUUAAUAUUUUAGUCGGAAAAAUUGAAUGACAAUGUCAAUUUAAAUUUGUUUCAUUGCAUGUAAUUUACAUGCACUAGAGUUUACCUUUAUUUCAUACCCGUUGCGACUUGUCUGUGGAUUUAUCCUACGCCCCAACGGAGCUGUGAUGAUAACCCAGCCAAUGAGCCAUGCAUGUUUCAGUGUAUGUACUGUCACAAUUUGUAAAUUCGUUUUGUUUGUAUUAAAUAAAUGUUUAAUUGUAAUGAUAUUUAAAGAAUACGUUGAAAACGUCAUGUGAUGACACAAUUAUAUUGUAAAAUAUUCGUUACUAACAUUAAAAUUUAUUGCACAAAAAAUACAUUGCACAAGAAGACUUUCUUAAGGACCAUUUUGAAUUUUAUGAAAAAUUGUAUUUAGAUGCACAAUCUUCAUCAGCAUUGUCUCCUGAACAAGAGAUAGAAAACAGACAGUCCAUUCUCAACUAUGGAGAUCAGUUGGCUGAUUAUCUCAGAAAAGGAUUGGCAGAUAACUGGAGUCAGGUAACGAGAAGUGGAACAGAACAUGUGGCUGGAAUUUUAUAAGUAUAAACGGGCUCAGAUUGUAUAGGCAACAUUGGCCGGUACUCAGACGAACUAUAUCUAUCUUUCCUUUCAUAUAAUCUUUCCUUUGAUAAUCCUUUAAUUUUCCUUUGAUAUAAUCUACUAUCUAUCUUUCCUUUGAUAUAAUCUUGAAAAAUAUAAUCUUAAAAACGCUUCGAAUUGAUAGGGAUGUUUUUUAUCUCUCCAAGUUCUCCUUGUAUUUUUCAGGUAGUUGUGUCAAUCCAAAGCUUUCUUAUCUUUCCUUUGCUCUAUUCUUCCUCCAGGUUCGUCUGGCCGCGUCAUGGGCAACGAGAUCGUUCUUGGUUACUCUGGGAGACAACGAAGCGAAGGAGCAAUUUUAUCCAAAGUUGUUGCCACCGAUGUGCCUCAACAGGUCAGAUGAGUAGUCACUAGAUGUUCCGACAAAAACGCAUAGAAUGCGCCUGGCCAAAUGUGAUAUUAAAUGCGUGGUUCAAUUAUAUAUUUUGAAGGUAUUAUGUUGCGGCGGGUGUGAGGAUUUACUCUCAAGAAAACUGGAAAAUAAUCACAGGCAAUGAUGGCAAACGACUUGUGGAAAAAUUUAUCAAAGAGACGGUAAUGUACUGUACCAGUUGCUCAGUUGAUCCUAGUUUGAGGCAUUGGCGGACACUAGGGGGAGGGGGCAGGGAGGAAACCGCUCCCCCUAAUAAUUUGUGAAACCCAGGCUACAGAUUGCAUCAAAAAGUUUAAAGAACUAAGAUUUCCAGCAACCAAAGGUGAUCAUAUGGUGGUAACCUAAAUUCGCCACCCCCCAAUAUUUCGCGAAGUGUCAACCACUGGACUGGUUUGAGGCAUUCCACUUUGUCAUGGAUGUUUGUUGUUCAACAACAGUACAAUAACAGGCUCGGGUUCCAUAUUACAGUAGAUAUCUGUAUUAUAAAGCUUUUCUAAUUAUGUAGGUUGAGUUCUACGUAAGUCAGACUAAAGCGGACAAUCACGCCGUGAGAGAAGCAGCUUGCGAGUGUAUUGCAGAACUGGGGAUUAAGGUAAUAUUCGUUGUAAAAAAUAACAACCAUAGAGGAAUGGUGAGAGGUAAUGAAGUUGUACACCCUUAUUGCAGUAGUUUCUCUAUAGUUCACUUGUUUCUUUCCAGAGGAGUCAAUCGUAGGUUGCUCCAUCCCUCCUCCCAGGAGAAGCGGUGGUCUUUGACUAGACGAAUGAGAUGAGAUGUACAUGCACCCUCUUGCGAUAGUUUCUUCGCUGCUAAAUAUCAGCAUUUUCGGUAUCUCACUCGAUAGAUAGAACUAAUUGUAGGAGGUAAAAUUUGUAGAUGGAAAAUUCAAGUGUAAAUUUUAUACAUUUAUCUAACUAGAAGCAGUUGCGAAAAAUGAAACUAUAGGCCCUCUGGAAGAAUCGAGCCUGCGGCCCUGCGAUUACGGAGCAGCGGUCUGACCAAGUCGUGCUCUAUCCACAAGUUCAUGCAUAUACUGUAUACUAAGGGAGCGGUCAUUAUUUAUGGCGGGGGGUGGCACCGAAGAGAAAAGGGUUGGGUAAAUAAAAUUUUGAGUGAGUAAAAGGUUGGGUAAAUGAAAAACGAAACAACUCAAAGGUUGGGAAAUAAAACUGAUUUAUUGUCAUUUCCAAAGCAUGACUCACUCAAAUAUUGAAGACUGAAAACUUCAAUGUCAACAGUCAUAUGUCAAUACAAUAUGUGAAUCAAUCGGAGUCACUAUCUUCAUCAUUUCCCGAUUUGUUGGGGACAAAUGGUGUCUCCAAAGAAAGUAAAUGUGCAGACAACAUGAAACUUUAGACUGCAGAAAAGUCAGUAAAUUUCACAAGCCGAACGUUAUCUGCGAGGGAGACUAGUAAAGGACAUGUGUGACAACUGAAUGACAUCCUUUUCAUGGGUAUUUAUUUUUUAAAUGAUACUUGAGGUUGGGUAAUCAAAUUUUUGAUUUUUUAAUGGUUGGGUCAGCAAAAUUUUUGCCACGAAAAACAUUUCUCUUCGGUGCCACCCCCCACCAUAAAUAAUGAUCGGUCCCUAAGUCCAAAAACCAUGACCAGCCGACAAUUUAAAAAAAUAAAGUAAAAAACAAAUUCCGAAAAUACAGGACAUCUUGAGAAUUCAAUAUAUAAUUCAAAACAAGACGCAGUUUGAACUGGUUUGUACGUUUGAAAGAGCAUGCAACUAGGCUCUCUUCUAGUGCAGUGGGCCAACAUUUUUCUGAGUGUGAACAUGCUCAAUUCUUAGCUACUUUACAAGACCAGUUCACAUUACUCAACGAUCUUCCUUCGCCUUCUGACACUCCUCUCCUAUUGAAAACCUUGUUUUCAACAGCUACAGAAUACUUCACAUUACAAAAUCUAACAACUACAACAUUCUUGCUUUUCUUGAAGCAUUGCUUAUCAAACACAACAAACCUUUUCUUAACACUGGACUUAAAGCUAGUAAAGAACUACAACUGUUCACAUAACACUUUAACUCAAUCUUCUUCUACAUGUCGGGUCUUUCCCUUUCUACCUUAAUCCUUUUAAUAUAUUAAACAUUGUUGUAAAUAUAGCUAAAUAUUCCAUUUUCGGUUAUUACUAUUUUCUUUAUCAUGUUUCGCUUCGCUUGGAUAAUCCUUCUUUCCGCCCACAUGACAGAUGCUCUCUCUCUGCGUUGUAUAUAUUUGUGUUGUAAAGUAUUGUAUUUCAUUCUGUCUGAAGAUGACUUUGAAAUAAAGUCGAAAAUUUACAGUCUCAAACUGCGUCUUGUUUUGAAUUAUAUAUUGAAUUCUCAAGAUGUCCUGUAUUUUCGGAAUUUGUUUUUUACUUUAUACUGUAUACUAAGGUGAUGCCAAUGUACGAAUGUACGGUGUAUGGGUAUAAAUAUCAGGAUUUUGUGAAUCUCACUCGAUAGAACUGAUCGUUGAAGAGAUUUGUAAAUGGAAAUUUCGAGUAUAAAAACUCUGGAGGAGUCGUACUGAGAUUGGACUUAUAGAUCAUCGAAACAUAUGAGCAAAGAAACAAUCGUAAUUCCAUUUGAUUUCCAGGUUUCUCCAGAUGCAGUUCGCCCGCAUGUAGGUGUGCUCUUGGAAGCCAUGAUCGAGUGUUUUAAAGAUGAAGGCUGGCCUGUCAGGGAUGGUAAGAUUAAGUAUACAGUACCAUGUUAAUAUUCUGUACUGUCCAUAAUGCAAAAUUUCGAUAACAAGCAACCACAAGUUAAGAAAAUUGUGAAUCUGUCUGUGUAAUUCAAUUUGUAUUCGGCAUUGUUUCCAUGCAAAAUUUCUCCAUAUUUUUUUUUCAGCUGCCUGUCUGGCGUGUGGCAACUUUGUUCAAUGUUUUCCCGAAGAAUGCAGGUUAGAUAGUUGCUCUCAGAUCUUGUAAACUUGUGGUGUUCAAAUGACAUGAAUCACUUGCUAAAGAAUAGGUUCUGAAUGAUCUCAACCAGGAUCGAAGCCCAAUAUUUUUGAUUUGACGUACCAGCACUCUAACAACUUGGUUAAGGGUGACCCAGUAGGGUUACCCAGUCAUAAAUAAUAUACUGACUACAUACUUUUUGUGCUAUAUUCUUUUUAACUACUGUAGGGCAUCCCUGGAUACUUUAUAUGAACUAUUUUUCAACAAUCUUUGCGACAACAUUCCAUCAGUCAGACAAGGAGCUGCCACCUCGUUGGCUAAUGUUGUCAAGACAUAUGGUAGGCAUGCAUGGUUGUAUAAUAUGAUGUCAUUGUGGUGUAUGGUAUUCUUUCUGUACUGGUUGAUCUUGUGUAUCGUUGUUAACUUAAUCUCCAUGAAGUAUGGUGCAUGUCAUCGUUUAGUAUAUGCUAUGGCAUAUACAACGCGGUUUGAUAUAUAUUGCAGUAGUGGAUCUAUAGAGGUGCAACCCUGUUGGCCUUGGUCAAUAUUCUUAUUUUUGCUGCAAACGAAUUCUUAAUUUGAAUUCUUAAUUUUGCUGCAAACGUCUAACAUUACAAGUAUUUGAUAAUAAAAAUUAAAAUUAGAAAAGCAUCAAAUGUGAGAUAGAACAGCACGAAGAAUAGUAUAACUAGACAGAUCUGAGAUUGUACCAACUUAUGUAAAUUUAGGAUCUGAAGCGGUGGAGUUUGUCACAGAAAAAGCGAAAGAAAAGUUGAAAGCUGUAGAGAAACAAGAAAAUGCCGAUGAUAGGUAACUAUCACACAAUCCUUUUAAACAGGAUUCGUACAUGUCAGGAAGAGUUAAAGUCGAGGACUUUCAAGGCCAUGUAUCAGUAAAUUCAAGGACUAAAGAAGAACUGUUCAAACGGCAAAUUUACAGAAUUUCAAACAGCUUUGGCCUUUGUAAGACAUGAACAAAAUCAAUUUACAAAAUGUCCAACUUUAAUGCAAGCAAUUUCAGAAAAUAUCCACUAAAACCAGAAGAAUUUAAGGACUUUCAAACUCUUCUUUAUAAACUCAAGAACUUUUCAAGGACUUGAAUUUUUGUUUCCAAAUUCAAGGACUUUCAAGGAUUCUCAAGUUUUGUACGAAGGCUAAAUAUAAACAUACUGUACUGCCCACAUCAUCAUAAAGAAGAUAAAAUAACAAGACAGUGACGUAUUCUCAAAGUACUGAAAAUGUUUAAUGUUUAAACCAGGUUCAGUGGUCUUGAGAAAGGAGCUGGAUUAUUUGGAGUAAUAAAGAGACAGCGAGAUAAUGAUAUUGAACUACAUUCCAACCAAACGGUGAGUUAGUUUUGCACGCUGCUAAGUGCUAAACUCCUCAAUUUGAUCCAUAUCAAAGAUAAAAAAAAUUUAAAGACGUUUCAAAGACCUUUGAGAGAAAUCAGCAGUUGGAAAAUUGCGAUCGUGAAUGCCAUUUCACCCAGUAAUUAGUCAUGCCAUAUUAACUCUUUAAAUACUUGAAUUUCAAAGACCCCUGCAGCCAUUCACAUGACUUGGAAACCAAACAAAAUGUGUUUCUCUUUGUAGAUGUACUCGUGCGGUUCUCUGGCUCCCAAAAUGGGUCGAGGAGGUUGUUCAAACAGUCAUUUUAAACGUCCAUCACAGCCGUGGGAAAUUACUGAUGGGUCAGUAUCAAUUACACACUACAGUGCAUACAUACAUACAGUAAAACCCCUUAUGAACCUAGAUUUUCCAAGUUAGCCUAAACAUGUUCUUAUGUAAAUGUCUUACCAGGAAAUUAGGCUACUAAACAGGUUCUUAAAUAUAGGUUCUUAUUUUCUUAAGAGAAAAGCGACUCAUUUUAGGGAGGUAUGGUUUAUGAUUUAUAUAAAUUAUGCACAAAUGAUCUAAAAAAUGACAGCAUAUGCACUACACCAAAGCUAUAUGCACUUUAAAGCGAUACUGAUUGGAACUUAUGACUUAAUUUUGACUCUACAGUAUUUGAUAAUAUAAGAAUCUGCUUUGAAAUUCUAGCCUGAACAGUUUCUUAGUUAAGGGGGUUUAAAUCCUUCUCCCACGAAGAAAAUUGUUUCUCCCACGAAGAAAAUUGUUUUUUCCUGCCCUGCAAAUAGAUCAGCCGUUAAGGCCAAUUGCGUGCGCAAAUUCGUUUAAGAAGAAUGAGGGUUUGAACAAAUAUAGUGGUAAAUGCUUACUCGAUUGACAAUGUUGCAAGUAUCAUGUGACUAAAAUAGAGCGCCACUGUCCACUGACAAGCUCGCAAGGCUCUUUCAAGGCUCUUGAAAGGGCGAAAUGUGAGCCAGGAUCUGUAUCAACAAGUUGCUGCUUGGAAUAGACGUCAGUGGCUUGGAUGACUGGGAUUCAGAAAAAGUUCUGACUGGAGAAAUGGGAUUAAACCCCCUUCCCCCUUCACGACCCACUCUUUAACCCCCCCCCCCCCCCCCAACACACACACACACACACAGAAACCUGGCUGCUAAAUGUUGUACUGUUAUACUUCUAGAUGUAUUUACCUUGUUGCAGAGCUGUCAAAACUUCAAACGACACAGGAACAAAUGAAGUUCCUCAUUCCUUUAAUGGCUGAAACAACAAAACAUAGACAUUAUUCACAAUAUCUGCAACUGUAUGAGUCUCUUUGUAAACAGGUGAAUAUUAACCAGAAAUAACACUCAUCUGACAAGUUAUUUGCGUCUUAAUUUCAAUGCAAGGGCUUUCGGAAGGUUAGAGUAGAUUCCUCCCUGUCAUGCCAAAGGACCUGAAUUCACGAAGUGCUUGUAUUCUUGCAGAAUGUUACUAGACAGCUUAUUGUGUCCCCCAAAAAAGUACACUGUUUGAUUUCAUGUAACGUAAAAACUAUAAAAGCUAUCGCAAUGAAAUAAAGAUCAUUGCAUUCGGAAAGGACUAACUUAGAUUUUGAUAUAGAACACUUGAAUUUACAUGCAAUGUGUAAAUGUUUUAUGCUAAUUUUUGGCGAUUUGAAAAACAGUUCAACGUUCAAACAUCAAUAGCGCAGUCAAUAUUGCAUGUAAAUUAAAGCGCUAGAUAUCAAAAUCCAAGUUAGUCCUCUUCCGAUCUAUGAUCUUUAUUUCAUUGCGAUAGCUUUUACAUUACAUGAAAUCAAACAGCGUCCAGUUUUUGGGGGACACCCGGUAGAAUGUAUAGUCCAGACACAAAACACGGCAGCUUGUAGAAUAUACUAGUUGAAGAAUCUUGUAGAUUUCCAUCUACAAAAUCCUUCAACUAUUAUUCAAUCGGAUGAGAUGCCGACAAAAUCUUGAUAUUGUGGAAUACUAGCUACUUACACUAGACCACUAUGUUUAAAAGAUCUUUUUCAAGUACAAUAAACUGCCGUGGUUUGUGUCUGGACGGCUAGACUAGAAUACACUACCUAUACACUGGAUCCAUGUUUGAGACACCUUUAUCAGGUAGUUCAGACACAAACCAUACAGGACUGGCAGUUUAUAUAGAGGAUAUUACACGGAGGCGCGGAGAUAUGACUUUUAUCUUCGAGUGGUGAAAACAAUAUUUUACGAACGUGUGCAGCGAGUGAGUAAAAUAUUGUUUUUAACACGAGAAGAUAAAAGUCAUAUCUUCAAGCCACCGUGUAAUGUUCUGUUUAUUAUGUAGUCCCAAGCAAAACAUUGUAUAAGUACUGAAAGUCACAUGAUCGAUAUCUUCACUAGUGAAGAUAUGGAAAAUAUCUCACUGUGUAUUUUUCAGUAUCUCACUCUCUACUAUCUAAUAAAUUAAUAUAGAAUACUACCUACACUGGAUCACCACGUUCGAGAGAUCUUUUUUAGGUAGUUCAGACUUCAGACAUAAACCACGACAGCUUAUUGCAGAAAUACGCACACUAGACCCCUACAUUUGAGAUAUCUUUUCCAGGCAGUUCAGACACAAAUCACGACAGCUUAUCGCAGUAAACCGAAUUCACAUUCAUUGCAUUUAGUUGCCUGUUGUUGCAAAAGGAUUGGGAAAGAGGAAUUUCAAAACCUACAUAGAAGCAUUCAUGGACCCAAUUUUCCACAGUUUGACAAGUGAGAACGCACUAACAUCGACUGCAGCAGUGGAAUGUGUUCAAGAGCUAGCCAAGUUCAUUGGACCUUCCAUAUUGAGAGGACGCGUGGAGCUUUAUAAUCCCAGGUAAGGCUAUCACUCCGUUAAACAUCUGAGUAGAUGUAGGUUUAACCACAGGCAGACCCAGGGGGCGGAUGUGGCUCCUCGACCUCGCACAACUGGGGGGGGGGGGGGUGUGCUCCCACGGGAAGAUUUUUAAAUUUGAACCUCACAAAUGCCAUUUUCUGCAUUCUGAGCGUUGGAUUUCUUCCUAAAAUGUGUCCUCAACGAACCCGUGUUUCAGAGAAAGAGUAUAACAAAAAACACAAAAAAUAGAGUACGAUCAUCAACAUAUAAUAGCAGACAUUGCAGAAAUGAAUUCGCAAUGCCAGACAGUUAAUAUUCCACAAAUUUGAUAUGACAAUAUAACUAUAUACUUAUCGGGCUAUGAAGAAAUGAAGAAUUGUUCACGAUUGAUUACACUCAGUUCCGUUAUUUAUAUACCAGGCUUUGUGUGCGUUUAAAACAGUGAACUGUACAGAUUAAUGGUUUAAAAUAAUAUAUUUUACAGGAAAAUGUUACUACUGUAUUUUGGCUGAAAGUAGUAUAAUCAAUAUAAAGACUUAAUAAAAUCAACUUUCAGCUAACAUUUGAACCGUAAAAUAUAUGGUUCUAAACAAACACAGAGCCUAAUUUGCCUGUGGUUUUAUAUCUACAGUAAAUACUAUCGUCAGUACAUGGUGGUCAGUCUGCAGUUAUCAGAGUGGGGAAAUAAUGCUGUUAUAUAUAAUCGUCUUGUAUAUUUAGUGGCAGGUAUAUUGGUAUUUAGGCCAUAUGUUGUUUGCAUCAAUUUAUUUCCCUUUCAUUCUUUAUAGCUAUCUUGCUAUUUUGGAUAACCACUUACAUCAUUAGAAAGAAUGAGAUAUGCCUGGAUUUUGAUAUUUGGAUAGAGGAGAUUCGACCAAAAUACAGAACAACUAUUAGCCACUAUUGAUGCAGUUUAAUGCAAGCCGUGACAACGACAUGGACUACUUGUGUGCGUGUACGACAGACACUCAAAUGAUGUCAUUAGUUCAUUUUACCAUGCCGUUGCCUUGGGAAGCAUCUAUAGGCGUAUGAAACGGGAGCUGGGGCUGCAGCCUCAUAAUCAGUGUUAACUUUAUAGUCGGGCAGUUUUACGUACAUUUGCUAGGCCUACUUGCCUUGGUAUAAUGUAUUUUAUCAUGAUAUUAAGGCCCCAGUUACACAAUACCAGAUUCUCAUCGGAGAGACAUCAAAUUUUACAGUUUCAGGAGGAGUUUAGCACUCAAAAUUAUGAUAAUAUAACAGAAUUAGUCAAAAAAUUCAAAUAUGAAAAGUUGUAAGAGGCCGAAAAGCAUCUUAGUUGAUGUCACUCGACUCGCUCCGAUGCGAAUCUGGUGUCGUGUAACUGGGGCCUAAUGUUUCAAUGUGUUUGUUUGUUUGUUUGUUUGUUUGUUAAACUUUAUUGAGUACAAAUUAAUUCAACAAAUAUUCAUCUAACAUACAAUUAAAGAGCUGUACUCAAACGGACAAGGCACAAACUGGACGUAAAGUCCAUUGCAUGGUGCCCCUCCUCUUCCUAACAUAAACCUUUUAAUUCGCAGUAUACUGUAUACAGGGUGUCCCAAAAAAACCAAAACCACUGAAACAACAUUGAAACAAAUGUUUCAAUGUGUAGUCAGAGACUGAAUGAGAUUGAAAUUUGUUUCACCAAAUUCAAAUUACAUGAGGCAAAUUUUUGCUCCCCUCCAUAACCCCAUCCGCCUAUGUUGGGAAGCUCGGUGAACACUGAGAAUAAUGGAACUGUAUUUGAGUGGACAUUCGUUUAUUUAAAUAUCAAAUUAAAUGUAAUUUAUAAUGAUUAAAUAAUGCCAGUGUUUGUAUGAUUAACAAUUAUUAGUAAAAUAUUUAAAAGUUAGAACUAGAAAUCACAAUAUUCAUUACUAUAUGCUAAUUUGACUUAGGGGUCAUCCAUAAUUGUUAACAUUUUUACAAGCGUACAGAGAGUACACUUUUUCGAUAAUUACAUCAUGACUACUUUCUUGGUCUGUGAGCCUCGCUCUUGUGAACCAAGACAAAAGGCCAUUGGCUCACGAUUCAUGAGAAUGCGGCUCCUAGGCCAUUAGAAGAGAUUUGCGACGUAGGAUUAUCAAAAUGGUGUAUUUGAAAUGUUUUAAAUGUUGAAUCUCAGGAAUGGUGAUGAUGAGUCUAUAAUCAACAUUUUAAAAAGUUUACAUCAGUGCACGGUUUAAUUUGUAUGCUUGUGAAAAUUUUGAUGAUUGUGGGUGACCCCCUAAUUCUUGUCUUGUUUAACUUUUGUAGAAGUCAUUGUAUGAAAAUAUACAAACUAUUCUCAUAAAAAUUAUCAUUUUGUGUUAAUUAUAUUUUUGUUAGUUUCCAAAUAAAAAAAUGGAUUUGAUAAGAAAAUUGGCACACCACAUUGCACCCACCUUUGCUACGGCUAGUAUCCCAUCCCUCCCCCCCCCCCCACCCCACCCACCAGUGAAUCCAUCCUUGUUAUUUUAACAUUAAGCUGCCAUAUUUGGGUAUGAGCUACCUGAAGAAUAUCAACUUUACACAAAUCAUCAAUUGAAAGUGAUUUUAAACCUUUUCAGGUACAUGUAGUUUAGACACAAACUAUGGCAGCUUAUUGUAGAAUGCUAUUCACACUGGUAAUCCACAUUUUAUUUAAAACCUGUUCUAUAUCUCAAUGACCAGCAUUGAUAAAAACAUAAUGACCAACACCUCAAAGCUUUGAUGUAAAUUUAUUGACGAACACACCAGAACGUUUUGGCUUUUCUUGGAUAUUCUUGAAUUAUAGAAAUGAGUCGACUCAACCAAUGGACAUGAACUGCCACAUAGGGCCUCACAUACCGGGCAGAUUAUUGAACCUUCAUGUAGUGAUCUGUGAUGUAUAACUUUAACACUCAGGAUUUGCCCAGCAAAAUAGCAUGGGUAGGAUUGACCUGAUAUUGACAACACUAAUCCUUCGAUAUUACAUACAUACGAAUAACACCCGCUACCCCAGUCAGACGCCGUCACUGUACGUGUCCCUUUACGUAAACAUAACUUCUGUGUCCAUGCUCUACCUUGCAGAAAACAAGCUGAAUUUUCUCCAUACAUUUCAACUGCAUAGUUUUUAUCUGAAUUUGGGUUGUUCGACUCAUGUUUACAACUUGAACCACGAACAACCGUACCAUUGUUUUUCCAGUUCAAUUCCUGGUAAUAUGGACAAUAGUCGGCAAGUUUUAUUGCCCCGCCAUAAUAGCUAGGGUUGUUCACCCCUGGUAGGGUAUCAAAAUACCGGUAGUCUAUGGGGAGUGGGGCUUUAUGUUUCAUCAAAUUGCAGUUACCUACUCCAUGAUAGUUGUGGGUACAUCCAGUACGUGUGUGGGAUUUGAUGGGUAAUUCUGUACAAUAGGGUGAAAUAGAGCCAUCGAUUCUCAUCUGAAAAUCCAUCCAAGCCUUACAGCUGUUUUGUGCAAAUAUGCAACUAGCGUUACGGCCCCAGUCUAAGCUCUCGGCCAUUUCAUAGUUGGCUCUGUACCAACCUGUAUCCUCCAUCAAAGCGAGCGUAAUGCGAGAAAAAACUGGAUUAUUUGUAAAUACUCCUGUCAUAGCCUCAUUUUCGAACACUCGUUUUUCCAAAUGUGUAUGACGCUGACCACGGCCUCCUUGGUUUUCUAUCUCAGCUCCUUCUAACGAGGGGCAAUUGAAAUGAGCUCGGACUUCUUUAACGACACGUGGUGUCACAAUCAUGAGAACAUUAUGACUCACUGACGAGCCAGCUCUCAUGCUUACUUUCCAUUGGUCUCUAGUGAUUUCUUUAAUGACCUGGAAUUAAGUUAAAUUUUUAGCACAAUAACAUCCAAU